AUGGCGUUGUCCACGCGCGUGUGUCUCCUCCUCGCGGCGGCGCUCGCGGUCUCGUGUGCGCUGCUGGCCACGCCCGCCGACGCCGACGCCGCCGCCCCCGUCGAGGGCCUCCCGCCUUCCAUCGGCGGCACCGUGUUCGGGUGCAACCCGGCCACGGACAAGACGUGCAAGCCCGACGGCCCGAAGCUGCUGCCGGGCGGCGGCAUCGACAUCGACGGCGACGGCGAUGAGGACGAGCUGCCCGGGUUCGACCCCCACUUCACCAUCCUCGGCCACGCCCACUGA